UAUGCCAUGCUGGACACCUUUCCUCGGCGUCACAUCGGACCAGAUGACGCUGAGACGGCCGACAUGCUUCAGGCUCUGGACCCGCCUGUCAAAUCUCUCGACGAGUUCGUGGCCCAGGUAAUUCCUGCAGACAUCCUGUCCUCGCGGCUACUCUUUCCCAAUGCGCGCUCAGAGAGCAACCAGCCCACCGAGGCUGCCGUUACCGAGGCCCUCCCCGAGUCCGAGGUCUUGGGCCUGGUCGAGGCCCUGCAGAGGGAUGAGAUCCAGCAGGGCAAGAGCUACAUUGGCGCUGGCUACUACGGCACCCUCGUCCCCGAGGUCAUCAAGCGCAACGUCCUUGAGAGCCCCGCCUGGUACACAAGCUACACCCCUUACCAGGCCGAGAUCAGCCAGGGCCGUCUGGAGUCGCUCCUGAACUUCCAGACCAUGGUUACUGACCUCACUGGUCUGCCCAUGGCCAACGCAAGCCUCCUCGACGAGGGCACUGCUGCUGCCGAGGCCCUGACCCUGUCCAUGAACACCCUCUCCUCCUCUCGCGCCAGAAGACCUGGGAAGACCUAUAUCGUGUCGGACGCCAUACACCCGCAGACCCUGGCCGUUAUGCGCAGUCGUGCCGAAGGCUUUGGCAUUGCCAUUGAGACGGCCAAUGUCCUCUCGCAGAACUUCACCAGCCGCCUGGAGGCUUUGGGCGAUGAUCUUGUUGGCGUCAUGGUCCAGUACCCGGACACAUACGGCCGCAUCAAGGACUUCCGAGGCCUGUCCGAUGCCGUCCACAGCAAAGGCGCCCUCCUCAGCGUGGCCACCGAUCUCCUGGCACUGACCGUCCUGACGCCCCCAGGCGAGUGGGGCGCAGACAUCGCCUUCGGCAGCGCGCAGAGGCUCGGUGUUCCCAUGGGCUUCGGAGGCCCCCACGCCGCCUUCUUUGCCGUUAUGGACAAGCACAAGCGCAAGAUGCCCGGCCGCCUCAUUGGUGUCUCCAAAGAUCGGCUCGGCGGAAAGGCUCUCAGGCUGGCGCUGCAGACCCGUGAGCAGCACAUCCGGAGAGAAAAGGCCACCAGCAAUGUCUGCACGGCUCAGGCCCUUCUUGCCAAUAUGAGCGCCCUGUACGCCUGCUACCAUGGGCCCAAGGGCCUGCGCGAGAUCGCAGAGAAGGUCAUGAGGGGUGCUGCCGUCGUCAGAGAAGCUGCAUCUGCCUCUGGUGUCUGGGAGGUAGUCACGGAUACCUCCCUCUUCGACACCGUAGUGCUUCGAGGCUCAGCAGCUGCGGACCUGCUGGGGCGGGCAAAGGAGUGUGGCAUCCACCUCCGUCACCUUGGCGAUGAUAUGGUCGGCAUCAGCGUCGACGAGGCGACUACUAAGGAGGAUUUGACGGCCCUGGUGGCGUGCAUCACCGACGAGUCCGGUGCGGCCGCCCUAAAGACCGUCGAUAAGCUUCUCAACGCGAACAGCAGCACGGUGGAGGUCGCUGAGCCGUUCAGGCGCACGUCCGGAUACCUCACCCACCCCAACUUCAACACACAUCACUCCGAGACCGAGAUGUUGCGGUACAUCCACCACCUGCAGUCCAAGGACCUGUCGCUCGUCCACUCCAUGAUCCCGUUGGGCUCCUGCACGAUGAAGCUGAACGGAUCCACCGAAAUGGCUCUCAUCACCAAGCCCGGCUUCGCCAACGUGCACCCCUUUGCGCCUCGCGACACGGUCAAAGGGUACCUGAAGAUGAUCACCUCCCUGGAGGACCAGCUCAAGAGCAUCACCGCCAUGGACGCCGUCUCGCUGCAGCCCAAUUCGGGCGCACAGGGCGAGUUCGCCGGCCUCCGCGCCAUCCGCAAGUUCCACGAGGCCAACGGCCACAAGGACCGUGACAUCUGCCUCAUCCCCGUGUCCGCCCACGGCACCAACCCGGCCUCCGCCGCUAUGGCUGGCAUGCGCGUCGUGCCCAUCAAGUGUGACACCAAAACCGGCAACCUGGACUUGACCGACCUCGAGGCCAAGUGCGAGAAGCACGCCGCCCAGCUCGGCGCCAUCAUGGUCACCUACCCGUCGACUUUUGGCGUCUUCGAGCCUGCCGUCAAGCGCGUCUGCGAGAUCGUCCACGCCCACGGCGGCCAGGUCUACAUGGACGGCGCCAACAUGAACGCCCAGAUCGGCCUGUGCUCCCCUGGCGAGAUCGGCGCUGACGUCUGCCACCUCAACCUGCACAAGACCUUCUGCAUCCCGCACGGCGGCGGCGGGCCCGGCGUAGGCCCCAUCGCCGUCAGGGCCCACUUGGCACCACACCUUGCGCCCACUGGCCCUGACGCCCAGCCGGGUCUCGUCUCCAGCGCACCCUACGGCAGCGCUAGCAUCCUGCCCAUAUCAUGGGCGUACAACAUGCUCAUGGGCGCUGAGGGGCUCAAGCGUGCCACCCAGGCCACCCUGCUCAAUGCCAACUACCUCCUCUCCCGCCUGCGGCCCCACUACCCCAUUCUGUACACCAACACCCAUGGCCGCUGCGCUCAUGAGUUCAUCCUGGACGCACGUCCUUUUGCGGCCACGGCCGGCGUCGAGGCCAUCGAUAUCGCCAAGCGGCUGCAGGACUACGGCUUCCACGCGCCCACCAUGAGCUGGCCAGUCGCCAACACCCUCAUGAUCGAGCCCACCGAGAGCGAGAGCCGCGAAGAGCUGGACCGCUUCGUCGAUGCCCUUGUCAGCAUCCGCCAGGAGAUCCGUGAGGUUGAGGAGGGCAAGGUGCCCAAGGUCGGUAACGUGCUCAAGAACGCGCCACACCCCAUCGCAGACAUUGUCGGGGACAGCUGGGACAGGCCCUACAGUCGCGAAAAGGCCGUGUACCCGCUACCGUGGCUGAGGGAGAGGAAGUUCUGGCCCAGCGUCGGGAGGGUGGAUGAUACCUAUGGGGACUUGAACCUCUUCUGCACAUGCCCUCCGGUCGAGGACACCACGGGUGACAGUGCCUGAAUCUUUCAACGAGAAUCGUCUGGUGAGAGUUGAGGAGCCGCACAUAUACAAGAUGGGAUACGACGUAUAGACCUCGCUUGGUACACGAUUACUGUUCUAUUUCGGAGGCAUAGAAGACGCCGGCGUUGCAUGGCGAGGGCCGUACAGGUCAGGGCUUAUUCAACAUGAUUUGUUUAUCAUGAUCUAUUAUCAUCAUCGCCAUCAUCAUCGAUCGUUCAUGCGUAUUUCAACACAAUACGAUACCCAAAGGGAAGGGGGCCUGGGAUAAAAUGGCGUUUUUUAAACAUGCCAAUAAGAGGGGGUUUUCUAGGCGUCAUGUCACUAAAGAAAGUUUUGCAAGAACAUGCAUUCAACAUUUAUCGGCCACAGUGCCGCAGCGCUUGGAGGGCGGGCUUAAUCUAGUGCAAAGAUAGACAUGUACAGGGCAGAUAUUUACCUU